AUGGACAACUAAUACUAAAUUGCUAAACAAUUGCUCUAAGGCAUUCUCAUUAUUAAACAACAAGACUCUAAUCUAGAUUCUGCUUAUUCCUCCAUUUUACUUGCUCUCUAAUCCUAGUUACCAUUAAAAUAAGAUCACUACUCAUCUAUCCUUAUUGAAAUUACAAAAAAAUUAACCAAACAAAUUGAGCAGUAUGAUGAAUAUUACACUUCUUAGAUGCUCAAAAUACUAUAAAAUAUUCCAAAAUAACAAUACAUUCACCAAUUAUAAUGUACUAUAUCUAUUUUGAGCACUCUAAUCCAUUUAUUACAGAAAGUUAAUCAAACUUUUAUUCCUGAAAUUUUUCAAAUAAUUUCGCUUCUAAUUGACAAUCCUUAAGCACUUCAAAUAGCUUACCCACAAUUGUUUAUCAAAACUUUAAAUUGUUUAUUAAAAUAUAGCAGAGGGGUAAUUCAAGAAAAUGGAUUAUUUCUUUUUGAAAAAAUCCUCUCUUAUAUAGUCUCUCACACUGAUUGUUAAUAUUAAAUAUCAAAUUUUAAUGUUACCUCAUUAAAGUAUGAAGAAAAUUAAAAAUUCCUGGUUCAAUAAAAAGUUAAUGAUGAAUUGUAAAAUUUCUGUCUAUUUAUUACUCAUUUACCCACUCCUAAACUCAAUAAAUGUUAUUCUUAGUUAAUUUUUAAGAUUUUCUCUUAUCCUAAUUGUGGAUAAUAUUUUUAUAUUCCUACAUAAAUUUAAUUGAUUAAUUUAUACUUUAGAUUCAAUGAAGGUCAAAAUAUUUCAGAAUUUUCAAAACUUAUUAUUCAGAUGAACUCUUCAUAAUAAUUAAGAAUUUAUAAUGAAUUAGAGGAAGACUUAGAAUUUGAAUUAAAAAGAUUUCCUUCAUUGUAAAAUGAAAUAGACUCUUCAUAAACUAUUGCAAUUAUUAGAAAAAUUAAAUGGUUAAUUCACAUUAUUGUUGAAUUUCAGAAACAAUAAAAUAAUCAAUUACAAUAUGUUUAAAUAAGUGAAAAAAUCAUUAAGUAUUUGAUCUAAGGAUUAUAAUAUAAAUGGAAUCAAAUAGUUAUAUCAGUAGAUUCAUAAGUUACACCACUCAAUUCAAGUCUAAAUUAAUCAAUAAAAAACACUAUAAACAGACUUAAUCUUGAAUUAAUGCCUCUUCUUAAUAAUGAAUAAAGUAUUUUAAAUGAAAUUAUCAGCCUUUUAAAUAGUUUAAAUUAAAAUGAAAUAAUUAACACAUAUUUAGAAGAUAAAUUAGAAAAACAAAUAAGCAAAUUAAUUUAAACUAUUAUAGUUGAUGACUCAUAAAUUAUUAAAAUCUAAAUCACAUAAAUUUUAUAUACAGCAUCCAUUUUAUUUAUUCUAAAUAAUAUUUCAUCAAGUUUUAAACAUGAUUCAUUUUAUUUUAGAAAUUUGAUAAAAUUGUUCAGCAUGCUCAUCUUUAAUUAAAAUGCUCCAUAUAAUACAAUAUUCUAAUCAUAAUUAAUCUUGUAUAGCAACCUAAUUUAUCAAAAUAUUGAUGAAAAAGAUGAUUAAUUUCUAGAGGUUUUAUAUUUAGAUUAUCUAAUGUGCUAGAACAGUUAAUCAACUAUAUUAAUUUCUGAAAUAAGUUAAAAUUUUAUUCAAUAAUUUAAAAUAUUUGAUCAUUUAGCCUCAAUUCUCUAUAGAAAUAUUUAAAAAAUUUAAGAAUCUAAUCUUUAAGUUGAUUAAGGCAAUUCUUUACAAACUAUUUUGCAUGUUUACUCUAAAUUUGAUGGUUAUAAUUAAGGUUUAGAUAUUAUAUAUUAAGUUUUGAAGACAAUUUAUUACAUCUACGAUAAAUACUACUUAAAAUCUGAUAUAUUGUUUACUUAAAAAUAUCUUCAAUUUCUUAUCAUGUUUUUCAAAUAAUGGAUUAAUCCUACUUUAAAUAAUAAUAUUGUAACAAUAUUAAGACAAAUAGUAUUAUCUUUGACAUAAUUUUUUCAUCAUUCAUAAGUUCAUUUCUAAGCUUUUUAAUGUUUUUACUAUUGCAUACCAAUCUUAGCCAAAUAAGAAUUACAAGAAUGUAAUCCAAAGUCAUUAUUUGGAAUGAAUGAUGAUCCUAAUGUAAAAAUUGUAGAUACAUUAGGCACUAUAUUUUUUGAAUAAAGAAAAUCUUUUGAAUAUAUUUUAACUUAAGAUAAUCAGAUUUCUAAAUUAUAUAUCUGGAUGAUUAUUAAAGAAUUAUUUAUAUACAAUAGUUGUUAAGGGUUUUUUUAAUUAAAAAGCAUAUAACAAUUUCUAAAAAGCUACUUAAUUUUUGAAUAAGAAGAAAAUUCGAAUUCUUUUAAGAUUUAUGAAUAAAUAUUAUAAUUUCUGAUCAUUUAUUGUCAGAAGAAUGAGCUGAAUCCAAAUUUAAUAGAUUUAUUACGAUAAGUGGAGUUUUUUAUUAAAAAAUGUUCAAAAUUAGAGGUAAAUUAACUGAAAGAAUUAUGUAUCAACCUGAACUAAAGAUUGUCACAAAUCAAAUGA